GACGGCAGAGGGACGCAGGGCUCACGGCGGGGUGAGUUUUUCCGGCUCGGGAAACGCUCCGUCGGCCUCCGGGAGCAUCGCGUCCUCUGCCGCACGCGUACCUCCGGGGGGGAGGGGGGGGUCCGGAGGGUCCCGCAGCCCUACGGGGGGUCCCCUCCGCCCCAUAGGAAAUAGGGAAAUAGAUAUUUCUCCCUGCAGAUCCCUCUCCACGCGGCCUUCUCGUGCCGACAAAACAACCGCUCCACCACCUCGGCAGCCGACAAAAGGGGGUGGUACACUCUCCUCCUCCUCCUCACGCCGGACUGCAGAAACGAAAGCGGAGCCUCCGGCCCAGCGCCCCGAAAUGCCCGGCAGCCCCGAAGCCCCCCGGGCCCCCGGGCCCCAAGAAGAUGGCUCUGCUGCCCCCAAGGAGCCGGGGGCCGCACCGGGACCCUCGCAGUGCCCCGCUCCCUCUGGGCCUCCUGGGGAGGGCGACUUCCAGUUCGUGCUGUGCGAGGGCUGCCGGCAGGAAUCGCCCAACCUGAAGCUGCUCACCUGCCUGCACACGCUGUGCCUGGGCUGCCUGCGGGAGAACAAACCCGUGGGGCAGUGCCCCGUGUGCCAGGCGCCCAUCCCGCAGCCCGACGGCAUCCCCGACGUGGAUAACGUGCUGUUCAGCAGCCUGCAGACCCGCCUGAGCAUCUACCGGCGGAUCAGCAGGGGGGGGCUGAGCUGCAGCCGGUGCCGGCAGGAUGCGGCGGCUGUGUGGUGCUCGGAGUGCGAGGAGUUCCUGUGCCCGGGCUGCUUCGAGGACCACCAGUGGUUCUUUAAGAAGAGGAGCCACGAAGCCAGGAAGGUGGAGGAGCUGCGGGCCGAGUCGGCUCAUCGCUUCCUGGAGGGCACCAAGAGGUCGUGCAACCUCUUCUGCUCCAGCCCCGGGCACACCGAGCAGGGCCACGUCACCAGCAUCUUCUGCAGGAAGUGCGAGAAGCCGCUGUGCUGCUCCUGCGCUCUGCUGGAUGCCCAGCACUCGUCUUUCUACUGCGACAUCCGCACCGAGAUCCAGCGGCGGCAGGACGAGCUGGCAGUGCUGGGGCAGGAGCUGGCGCGGCGGCGGGGCGGCUUCGAGGCGUCGCACGCGGCGCUGCAGGAGAAGGCGGCGCGGCUGGAGGCGGAGGGGCGCGGGAUGCGGGAGCUGGUGAGGCAGCACGUGAAGCAGCUGGUGGAGCUGAUCCGGCGUGAGGAGGAGAAGCUGCUGGAGCUGGUGGAGAAGAGGCAGGAGAGGGGCCGGAGGGAGCUGGAGGGGGAGCUGCGGCGCGUGGAGACCGUGCUGCGGAGGAUGGAGGCGGGCGAGAGGCUGGUGGAGAAGAUGGGCCUCUACGCCACGGAGCAGGAGGUGAUGGACAUGCAGCCCUUCGUCAAGGAUGCGCUGGAGGAGCUGCGGAGGCAGCGCCCGGCGGCGGAUGUGGAGCUGGUGCUGCACGAGGACUUUGCUGAGUGCCGUGCCAGGCUGCAGGAGCUGGCUGAGCGCAUCGAGGGGCUGCAAGGUGGCGCUCCCCGGCCGGUCCCCGUGGUGGAGGUGGCCCUGGAGAACAACCUGGAGGAGGAGCCCCCACAGCACAGCAGCCAGGAUGUUUUGCCCACCUUCACCAUCAGCCUCGCCAAGAUGGGGGUGUCCCAAGCCGCCACGCGGCCCAAGCGGUGCCAGCCUCACGUGGAGAGGAGCAGCCAGGUCUCACCCAAGCUGCUGAAGCUGGAGCGGGACGGCGGCGAGCCCAGCUCAAGCCAGUGGGAUGGCAGAGGGGGGCCCAGCACCUCCGCACAGAGCCACAACGGCCGCAUCCCCCCCUCCAAGGCCAGCAGGAGCCGCACUCGGGAUGCAGAGGACAGCAGCAUCAUCAUCAGCUCGGAGGACAGCGAGGAAGACAUGGUGACAUCGGACUUCACUACUUGCUGAGCUGCAACCCCAUCCGUCUCUGCUCUGGAAGGCAGCAAAACCCCCUUAGAUUUGCCUGGAGGGCCCACAUGGCAGCAUCCCCAGGGGCAUAAGGGACAGCUCUGGGCGUAGGGGACAGCUCAGGUUUGGGCUCUUCUCUGAGAAAGAAUUAAAGGAUGUAGGAGCCUGAAGCCGUCCCCUCUAUCACCCUCCAGCCGUGCUUCAGCAGGAGCAGGACUGCCUGCGAGAUAUGGAGGUGGAUAUGGAGGCGACCCACUUUUUAACCUUCUCUUCCUGUUUAAGCUUCAGGUUGUGCUCAGGUAACACAAAGCUCACACAGCUGCAGGGAGAGCUGCCCAAACCACCGCUGGUAGCACUUCGUUCCGUAAGGCAUCCAUGCUGGAGGCCCUCCACCGCCCCAUUCUGAUAGAGAUUAUCACAGAGCUCCCUGGGAAGAUUAUUCCCAGCUGGAAAGAAAAAGAAAAAAAAACAAACAAAAAAACCAACAACUAAACAAAACAAAAAAAAAAACCCACAAAAAAACCCCCAGUUUUCUUACAAAAUUCUUAUCUGCACACCCCAGCGCUGCUGCCCAACGGCCGUGCAGAGGGCAGAGGCUGUGAGAUGGGAUCGGUGCUGGGAUGGCCCCCCCAGCAGCACCACUGCUGCCUGGCUGAGCAUCCGGCAGCGUUGUUUAUAUCAACUCCUCACGCGAAAGUUUCUCUGUAUUCAAUAAAGGCGUUUGUAGAUCAAA